GCGGAGCGGGAGCGAGGAGCAGGCGCGGGCAGAGCGCGGCGGUGCGGGGAUAUUCCAGAGAAUAAGUCUUCAAGCAUCAUUUGACGCUGAGCUGUCAGGGGACUCAGGCUUAUGAGGAGGCACUGUCACAUAAAACAGUGUUUAGUGAAGACAACAAGAAAGAAGGGAAAGGAUCGGAAAAAGAAGUUAAAAUACUAUAGGAAACCAUGAGAUCUAUUAGAUCUUUUGCCAAUGAUGAUCGCCAUGUUAUGGUGAAACAUUCAACAAUCUACCCAUCUCCGGAGGAACUUGAAGCUGUUCAAAAUAUGGUGUCUACUGUUGAAUGUGCUCUUAAACAUGUCUCAGAUUGGUUGGAUGAGACAAACAAAGGCACAAAAUCUGAGGGUGAAACAGAAGUGAAGAAAGAUGAAGCUGUGGAAAACAGUUAUUCUAAGGAUCAAAGUGGUCGGACAUUGUGUGGUGUAAUGAGGAUUGGCCUGGUUGCAAAAGGCUUGUUGAUUAAGGAUGAUAUGGACCUGGAACUUGUUUUAAUGUGCAAAGACAAACCCACAGAGACUCUGCUAAAUACAGUUGCAGAUAAUCUUCCUAUUCAGAUUCAGAAACUGACAGAAGAGAAAUAUCAAGUGGAACAGUGUGUAAAUGAGGCAUCUAUUAUAAUUCGGAACACAAAAGAACCCACGCUAACUUUGAAGGUGAUACUUACUUCCCCUCUAAUUAGGGACGAAUUGGAGAAGAAAGAUGGAGAAAAUGUUACAGUGAAAGAUCCUCCGGACUUAUUGGAUAGGCAGAAAUGCCUGAAUGCCUUGGCUUCUCUUCGACAUGCCAAGUGGUUUCAGGCAAGAGCAAAUGGAUUAAAAUCAUGUGUAAUUGUCCUCCGCAUUCUACGUGAUCUGUGCAACAGAGUCCCCACAUGGGCACCAUUGAAAGGAUGGCCACUAGAGCUUAUAUGUGAAAAGUCUAUAGGUACUUGUAAUAGACCUUUGGGCGCUGGGGAGGCCUUGAGACGAGUAAUGGAGUGUUUGGCAUCUGGAAUACUACUUCCUGGUGGCCCUGGUCUUCAUGAUCCUUGUGAGCGAGACCCAACCGAUGCUUUGAGCUAUAUGACUACCCAACAAAAAGAAGAUAUUACACACAGUGCACAGCAUGCACUUAGAUUAUCAGCAUUUGGCCAGAUUUACAAAGUGCUGGAGAUGGACCCUCUUCCAUCUAGUAAGCCUUUUCAGAAGUAUUCCUGGUCAGUUACUGAUAAAGAAGGUGCUGGGUCUUCAGCUCUAAAGAGGCCAUUUGAAGAUGGAUUAGGGGAUGAUAAAGAUCCCAAUAAGAAGAUGAAACGAAACUUAAGGAAAAUUCUGGAUAGUAAAGCAAUAGACCUUAUGAAUGCACUAAUGAGGUUAAAUCAGAUCAGACCUGGGCUUCAGUAUAAGCUUUUGUCUCAGUCUGGUCCUGUCCACGCUCCAGUCUUCACAAUGUCAGUAGAUGUGGAUGGCACAACAUAUGAAGCCUCAGGACCAUCCAAGAAAACAGCAAAACUUCAUGUAGCAGUGAAGGUUUUACAGGCAAUGGGAUACCCAACAGGCUUUGAUGCAGAUAUUGAAUGCAUGAGUUCCGAUGAAAAAUCAGAUAAUGAAAGCAAAAAUGAAACAGUGUCUUCAAACUCAAGCAAUAAUACUGGAAAUUCUACAACUGAAACCUCCAGUACCUUAGAGGUAAGAACUCAGGGCCCUAUCCUUACAGCAAGUGGCAAAAAUCCUGUAAUGGAGCUCAAUGAAAAGAGAAGAGGUCUUAAGUAUGAACUCAUCUCAGAGACUGGUGGAAGCCAUGACAAACGCUUUGUAAUGGAGGUAGAGGUAGAUGGACAGAAAUUCAGAGGUGCAGGUCCGAAUAAGAAAGUAGCAAAGGCAAGUGCAGCAUUAGCUGCCCUGGAGAAGCUGUUUUCUGGACCCAACGCAGUAAAUAAUAAGAAAAAGAAGAUUAUUCCUCAGGCAAAGGGUGUUGUGAAUACAGCUGUGUCUGCAGCAGUCCAGGCAGUUCGGGGUAGAGGAAGAGGAACUCUUACAAGGGGAGCUUUCGUGGGGGCUGCAGCUGCUCCUGGCUAUAUAGCUCCAGGUUAUGGAACACCAUAUGGUUAUAGCACAGCUGCCCCUGCCUAUGGUUUGCCCAAGAGAAUGGUUCUGUUACCCGUUAUGAAAUUCCCAACAUAUCCUGUUCCCCACUACUCAUUCUUUUAGCAAAUGACAGAAGCUCAUUCCUAUUGAACAACAAUACAGUACAAUGCAGAAUGUUAGAGAAAAAGCCUUUUUAUCCUGCUUUCUUUGAACACAUACUUGAUCAAAAUUAUUUGUAAAGAACAUCUUUCCUACUUUUUGAUUUUAACAAAUGCAAAUUUAGUUCUCUAAAACUUGAAAACAAAAAGAAACCAGUUCUGUGAAACGGUACCUCAUUUCUGGAAAAUAAUUUAUACCAGCCCUUUUGUUCUAGGGAAAUAAGUCUAGCAGCUCAAAGUUUAAGUUUUAAGAGAAUAUCAAAUUAUGUAAAAUUAAAUUUGUGAAGGAUGUAUAGAGUCUCAAACACUGAUCACAAAUAAACUGCUUUGUUGUAACACAGAGUACUGCCUGGUUCCUGAUGCAGUCACUGAUGGCUAGCUAAUUGAGAUGUACGUGCCUCAGGGCACUUUAAUUUGGGCUGUAGUUAUUUUUUUUUUUAAUAUAAUAGAGACUUUUCAUUUAAACUUUACCUUUGUAAAUAAUGAAGUGUGUAAUUAAAGCCAAUAAAAUAUGGGUUUGAAUAUUGUUUUAGCUUAUUAUUUUUGAUAAGUUCUGGUAUCAAAUUUCAAGGAACUACCAACUAACAACAAUUUAGCCCUAUAAACCCAUUCAUUUGUAAGCAAGCUGCUAAAACAAAACAAAAGUGAUUAUCAGUUUGAACAGUCUACUUACAUUGUAAGCUCUUUGUACUCCAGUAGUACAAGGGUAUCCCCAAGAUAAAGGUUACAUUCUGUUAUCCCAGCAUUGCUUAUUAAAAUGAUGGCACUACCCAGAAAUGGGGAAGGAGGAAUGUGAUUAUUUUAGUUUACGGAUUUCCAAGUUUUAAGAAUAAAUUAAAUCAAUCACC